AUGCACAUGCUCGCAGAAUGUGAGAGGAUCCUCGGCGAUGGUCUUUUACGACUGCCACAACAGCACAACUACCGAUAUGGACCGCAGGCCGAGCGGGACCUGCUAGAGCUUCUGUUUCGGUCGCUCGUGGGACACAACGACGAGCUCAUACACCACUUGUUCCCCGACGGCGCACCGACGGGCGCAUGGAAACUGGCCGAGUCGCAGGGUGCCCGCGAAGGAGCAGAGUACAGCGAGGCAGCGCGGGGCAAGCGAUGCGGUCACAUCUUUCGAGCCGGCGAGGCCACCUACCGCUGCUUGACGUGCGCCUCCGACGAUACGUGCGUUUUGUGCAGCCGAUGCUUCGACUCGUCCGACCACUCAGGUCACCAAUAUCAGAUCUCGCUCUCGUCUGGUAACUGCGGCUGCUGCGACUGCGGUGAUGAUGAGGCGUGGCGCCUGCCGCUCUUCUGCGCGAUCCAUACAGACAGCGGCAAUGAGAAGGAAAAAGAACGUGCAAAGAUUGAACUCCCAUCUGAGUUGCUGGCAACGAUUCGGCUAACAAUCUCUCGCGUGCUGGAUUAUUUCUGUGAUGUCAUUUCGUGCUCUCCCGAGCAAUUGCGUCUUCCAAAGACUAUCGAAGGUAUCAAGGCAGAUGAAGAGGCAUCGAGGCUCCGUCCUUCUUGGUACGGUGCUGGCGAUCAGGAAGAGGAGGAACCCGAGUUCGCUCUUCUGUUGUGGAAUGACGAGAAACACACCAUCCGCGAUGUCUCGAACCAGGUCACUCGUGCGUGUCGUGAGCGGGAUAGCUUCGGCGUAGCUCGAGCCCAUGAAACGAACGAUAUCGGCCGCAGUGUCAUCAAGUACUCAAAGGACUUGCAAAAAUUGCUGGGUGUUUCGAAUGUAAUUGAACAGAUUAAGGUCACCGUCACUGUGCGCUCCGCUCGCGACACAUUCCGCGAGCAAAUGUGCGGCACGAUUGUCGAGUGGCUUGCGGAUAUUGCCGGCUGCAGUAUUCUCGAAGACAACGAAAUCUUCCGCCAGGCUAUCUGUGAAGAGCUCCUUAGCCCCUGGAGGAAGGGAAGUGGUGGCUAUAAUGAAGAUAUUGGUAUGAAGGGUAUUGAUGACCACGAGAUUGCGGAACAUCCUCGACGCCGGCCUGUUCUUCUUUCCCUGCCAAACCACGGACAAUUUGUGGUCCAGGUGAAUGAGGCUGUGGAUGAGGAUAUCGAUGAUGACAAUGGCCCCGACGAAGAUGACGAGGACUAUGUCGAGGCUCAUGAUGAUGCAGAUGACGAGGAUGACGAUAUGGAACUGGAGCUUGCCCGCCUUCAAGAUGCAGAGGACGAGGACGGAGAUAUGGAUAUGGACGGCGUCAAUCCAGACCUGGCCUUCGCCGAACAAAUUUUGGCCCAAAUGACUGGUGUAGUCCCUCGACCACCUGUACCUGUUUCGGAAGAACGGGAAGCGACACCGGCCCCGGCCGAGCAGGAACAAUCAAAUGAAGCAACCUCUGGUGAACAAGGCAGUCAGCAGACCGACCCCAACAGCUAUGUCGCUAUCCCAAGAACCCCUGCACAUGUGGUCAGGCCCAAGCCUGGAGGCACGCAGGGCCACUGGCAAGUCCGGCCUCCAAUGCAGGUGCCGGGCGAAAAGGUUGCUCCUUAUGAAGACUUGUGGCAGCGUACUCGUCUUGACUGGCUCGUUCUCUAUGACCUGAGAUUGUGGAAGAAGACUCGUACUGAUCUUCGCGACUUGUAUAUCAGCACUGUCGUCAAUGUUCCCCAAUUCAAGCGCAUCAUGGGUCUUCGCCUGUCUGCACUGUACACAGCACUUGCUCAAUUGUACCUCAUCGCAGACCGGGAGCCUGAUCACUCUAUUGUCAAUCUGUCUCUCCAGCUUUUGACCACUCCAUCUAUUACCGAGGAAAUAGUUAUGCGUGGAAAUUUCCUCACCAAGGUUAUGUCCAUUCUUUAUACUUUCUUGACAACCCGACAGGUUGAGGAGCCACAUGCCGUCAACCCCAACGCAACCUUGGCAUUUGAUGCUGGAUCGGUGACGAACAGGCGUCUAUAUCACUUCUUCCUCGACCUCCGGUAUCUCCUCCAAUCCGAAUAUGUACAGCACCGAGUUCGGACUGAGGAGCAGUAUCUCCCACAGUUCCUUGAUCUCGUCAAACUUUCACAGGGCAUCUGCCCCAAUGUGCGUGCGGUCGGUGAGCAUGUCGAAUACGAGACCGAUGCCUGGAUCAGCGCCUCUAUUCUCAUGCGGGAGAUUAACCGCCUCUGCCAACAAUUCUGUGAAGCCUUCCGCAACCCUGAAACCGACAAUGGACAGGAUCUCCUGCGUGCAAUCAAGACUACCACCGUCACUGCAGUCCUUCAUUCCGCAGGUGUGGAGCGCAAGCGCUUCGACCAAGCAGAGAUCAAAGAGGAGGUUCGAUUCAAGACGUUGCCGCCUUUCGAUUUCGAAGUUGGUGCUUCUGGCCAGAUCCCGUGCCAUCGUGUUGUUGAGUUCAUCGUUGAGAAGGGAUCGAUCAGUUUCCACCAUGCGCUUCAUUACACUCUGUCGUGGCUGAUUGAGUGCGGCCGCGGAAUCAGUAGUGAGGUUAUGCGCAACGCCCUCUUCGAAGCUGCCGAGACUGCAAGACAACAGCUUCACGCUGCCAAGGCUGCCAACAGCGAGCAUAUUGACGAUAGUAUCUUGGCUCUCGGAACUGAGGACCUUCUCCUCACAAUGUUUGACUACCCUCUCAGAGUCUGUGCCUGGCUUGCACAGAUGAAAGCCGGUAUGUGGGUUCGUAAUGGUCUCAGUCUUCGACACCAGAUGUCCCAGUAUCGUGGCGUUUCCUCCCGCAACUUUGCCUAUUACCGAGAUAUCUUCCUGUUGCAAACCGCACUGGUUACCUGCAAUCCAAGCAGAGUCCUCGCAUCCAUCGCCCAUAGGUUUGGCAUGGUUGACUGGAUGAUGCGUAACUACGUGCCUCGACCUGGCUACGAAGAUGCUCAGAUCAUUGAUGUCGCCGAGGAAUUCGUCCAUUUGCUCGUCAUUCUUUUGACUGAUCGCACGUCAGUGUCGGCAAUCGACGAUAGUACACAUACGACCAAGGAAACGAUCAGUCGUGACAUCGCGCAUGUAUUGUGCUUCAAACCCCUUUCCUUCUCCGACCUCUCCACCCGCCUCAACGACAAGUUGCAAGACUCAGACAUGUUUCAAGACGUUCUGGAGGAAGUCACUGAAUUCCGUCCGCCCGAGGGUCUCAACGACUCCGGCAAGUUUGAACUCAAGGAGGAAUAUCUCGAUCUUGUGGAUCCCUACAGCACACACUUCUCGAAGAACCAGCGGGAUGAAGCCGAGACCAUCUACAGAGAGUGGAUGGCCAAGAAGACAGGCAAGAAUGCAUCGGACAUUGUAUUUGAGCCCAAGCUCCGACCCAUCACCUCUGGUGUCUUUUCCGACCUUCCGCGCUUCACUGGGACUAUCUUGUUUGCGCAAAUUGUGCACCAAUGUCUUGAAUACGUUCUCAUUUCUCAACAAAGCACGCCCUCGAUCCCACCAACACGUGUGGAAACUUUCCUUCAAGUCCUGCUGCAUCUCAUUCUAGCCUCUGUGCUCGAGGAUGACUCCCAGGAUAGUAACAUAGAAAUAGAGCAAGGCCAAUCAUUCAACUUGCAUGCUCUCUCCAAGGCCAGGGAGAUCGCUGCUGGCAACUUGACCAUUGUUGGUCUUCUAGAGAAGAUCUCGGUCACAGGCGAGUAUUCCUCUUGUGGCCCCAAAAUUCGCCAUAUUCUCAAGCGGCUCUGGCAGAAGCGGCCACGUACUUACGCAGCCGCAACUGCAUCUCUCAAGUUCCCAUUCGAUCGCAUCGACACCAACUCUCCCGCAAUCGACAUUGACAACGAAAAAGAAGCGAAGAAGAAGAAUGCUAUGGAGAGAAACGCCAAGGUGAUGGCACAGUUCCAGCAGCAGCAGCAGAACUUCCUAAACAGCCAGGGCGAUAUUGACUGGGGUGAGGAUGAAUUCAGCGACCUCGAGGAGGAUGAGGCUACCCACGAGACCAAAACCUGGAAGUACCCUAGCGGCACAUGUAUCCUCUGUCAAGAAAGGUGUCAGGAGGAGACUGCCGAUUCGCGUCUUUACGGUACCUUCGCUAUGAUUCAAGACAGUACUAUUCUUCGACAGACCGACAUCCGGGAUGCGGAUCGGAUCCGUGAAGCCCUCAAGACACCAUCAAGUCUGGACCGAUCGGCCGAAGAAAUUCGGCCAUUUGGCGUUGCUGGAGAAAACCGUACUACUAUUAAGCGCCUGGAUUCUGCUGGCAAGGAGGUGAUCAGCGAGAAGGUCGGGUUGAGUAAGGGAUUCAACCCCCGGAGCACGCUUCGCGGACCUGUAACCACCGGUUGCGGUCAUAUUAUGCACUUUUCUUGCUUCGAUGCAUACAACAGCGCCACUCAGCGCCGGCACAAUCAGCAGAUUGCCCGCCAGCACCCUGAGAGGAUUGAGUUCAAGGAAUUCGUUUGUCCGUUGUGUAAGGCACUCGGAAACGCAUUCCUGCCGAUUGUUUGGAAGGGCAAGGAAGAGUCAUACCCAGGUGCUCUCAACUCUUCUACAUCCUUCGAAGAGUGGAUGAAGGCUGGUCUGAAACAAACUUUGAAUGAGUCUGAGAACCUCUCGGUUAUCAUGAUCGAGAAGGACAAGGCUUACCGACAGCCUUAUGCGGAACUUUUUAAAGAUUACCUGUCCAAAACUCUGGUCACUCCUCUCUCCUCGAAGAUCUCUCAGCUUGUGGCUUCUUCGUCUCUUCCCGGGGGUGUUCCCUCUUUCUUGUCCUCGACAACCCGAGCCAUUAUGCCAGGCUUGUUCCCUGGUACAGAAGACAUGGCGCCAUCGAGCCCGCUCCAGCAGGCUUUAGGUCCUGCCGAUGGUCCUAUAUUCGAGCUUAUGAAAAUCUUCCGGCGUCUCAAGAGCACCAUACAAACGAACCAAAUCAACUCAAUAUUCAACACCACCAGCGAAAACAUCAACACAGACGAGUUGGCUCAUACAGAUUCCCUGAUCAGAAGUUUCGGUUUGAGCAUUGCUGCGGUUGAAAUUGCCCAGCGUGGUGUUCCAUCAGAGCCCGGUUCUACCUUGUUGGAGAAAAUUCCCCCAUUGACGUUGACCCAUUUGCGUGUUUUGGCCGAGACCGCGGUCACAUAUGCUGCUGUUGCCUGGGUGUCGUCCAACAAUGCCCAAAAGAGUCGCCCAAGCAAUGAGUUCCAGGAAAUGCACCGACAGAAGAUUUGCCAGUUGCUUGUUGGAUACCCGUCUCUCAACGGUACUCCUCUCUUGAACGAUGUUAGGAACAUCGAACCCCUGCUCGCCAUGGAUACAUUUGUGUUCCUGGCCGAAAGCUCGCUUUCUCUGCUUCCUGUCCUCCGCAUUGAUGUUCGCCAUCUCAUCCAGAUGUGCUAUGUGGCCGAGGUCGUCAAGGUGGCAGUCACUUUUAUCCUGUGGCCUCUUGGGUUGAAGGAAGAAGUUCUACAGCAAGGAGACAAGGAAACUCCUGGCUCUGACAUUUCGGACGAAUGUUAUGCUACUACACGGCAUUUCUUUGAUUCCAUCGUGGCAGAGCUCAAGGCAAACUCGGUUGGACGCGCCGAGGGAUCAUCUUUCCCGGCAGAGAGUGGCUACGUGAAGGCUGGCGAGGAACCCGCGCCUCCAAACAUUAUCAUCGCUCUGCGGCGCCUGGUUUCUAGCUAUGCACUCACUUUCUUGCGCAAGUCUGUCAUCCUGCUCCACGUCCAGCACGGUGUUGACUUCCCCAACACCGGCUUCAGUGAUAUGGGUGCGUCGGAGCUGGAUCGACUCACGAAGGCCCUGCACCUCCCUACCCUGGACGAGAUCUUCAUGUCUGUCAACCCUGCGAGGAGCAGCAACAACGAGUUCGAUGCCAUCAUCUCGGGCUGGAUCUUCCACUGGAACGCAUCGCGUUCUGGAAUCCGUUUCGAAGACCACCGCCUCUGGCCUAGCCUUCCACACCCGGCCAUCUUCGAGCUGGUCGGUCUUCCAAAGUACUUCGACAGCCUGAUCGAGGAAGCGAACCGUCGUCGCUGUCCAAACUCAAAGAAGGAACUCAGCGACCCAAGCAUUUGUCUUUUCUGCGGAGACAUAUUUUGCUCACAGGCAGUUUGCUGUAUGCACAAUAAGCUGGGCGGCUGCAACCAGCAUCUCCAGAAGUGUGGCAAGAACAUCGGACUUUUCAUCAAUAUCCGCAAGUGUACAGUUCUCUACCUCCACAACCAGAACGGCUCCUGGCACACAGCCCCCUACAUGGACCGUCACGGUGAAGUUGAUCCCGGUCUUCGCCGAAACCGCCAACUGAUCCUCAACCAAAAGCGAUACGACAAGCUUCUUCGCGACGUUUGGCUGUCCCAUGGUAUUCCUGCUACAAUAAGUCGGAAGCUGGAAUCGGAGAUCAACAACGGUGGUUGGGAAACGAUUUAA